AUGAAAUUUUGUCAUUUCAUGUUCUUAUUUAUUUAUGGUUUAGUUUCAAUUCUCUUAAAUAUUAUUUCUAAUUCUAUAGUUGAUGCUAAUUCAUUGCCAGCACAGUUUAAAGAUAUUCAACCUUUAAUUUGUCGCCAAUUAAAUGAAAAACCAUCUAAUGCACCUUCAUUAGUUGUCACUAGCAAUAUCGAUCCAAAAGAUCCCACACAGCACUUAUAUGGAGGGCCUGCUUCAGAUCAACCGUAUCUACUAGGGUUCAGCACAGAAGGAAAAGAACAUGUUAUCCUUUUAAUUAGUCUCCCUGAAAUCACUGAUAACAUUGUAACCACUGUUCCAGGAGUUGGAAGUGGGCUUAAUGAUGCUCUAUAUCAAAGUCUAAGCAUCAAUGACGCCACCUCAGAAAUUUUGAAAGGGAGUGAUGGAGAUAUCAACAAAAACACGCAGAUUAUUUGGGUUGGUUAUGACAUAUCUGAAAGUCCUGUUGAUGUAGGCAUAAAUUUUUUCACAGAUAUCUUAGAUUUUGGGUUAACAAAAUUGUCUAUAGCAUUAGCAGUUGCAGCAGGGUCUGCAUUAAACUUGUUCCAAUGGGGAUUGAUCACUAUACAUAAAGGAACAGCACCACAUAUAACUGUUGUCGGUCACAGUUAUGGUUCUGAUGUUGUUGUUGAGACUACUAUGAAUGGUCUAAAGUUAGUAGCAGAUGAUGUUAUCCUCAUUGCCAGUCUCAGAGUCCCUGUUGACCAUGCGUCCCAAAUUGCAAAUAAUAUGGUUUCAUCUAAUCCUGGAAGCCAUAAUCCAAAAACUCAAGUCUGGGCUAGUAAAACAGGCGAAGAUCCGAUUUGCCGUAUUUCAAAUUCACUAGAAACUGAUACAAUUAGCAAGAGCUUUGGUGCAUCUGUCUUUUUUAGCGAACCACGGGGUGACCAUGGUGGUUAUUGGUAUGGUAUUGGAUUGACAAAUAUGGCAUUUAUUAUAUUGGAAAACUAUCAUUCUGUUUUAACAGGUAUUUAG